GGGUUGUGUAAAUAAAGUUGCUCUUUCAAACGCCUGCACUAACAUUAUUUAAGAGCCGCAGAUUCGUUCUUCUCGUCGUUUUUGCAUUAAUGCCUACUCAAAUCGUACUUUCGUCGCCUUAGUUAAAAAGCGGUUAUUUUAAAGGAGCUGUUUUUUUUUUGUUUUGUUUUUUUAAUAAUAUCAAACAAACAAAAUUCUGCAGUUUUUAUCUUGGAAGCAGGCCAGUACUGAUCAUAUCAUCUGAUCAUCUGUAUAUAUUACACGCCCCCGUGAUACAGGUCAGGAGAAAGGGGAUGGGGAUGGGGGGGUGGUUACAUAAAUAGCACUAGAUUUUCAUAUAUUGCCUGUGCAAGGCAGCUCUGGAAGCUGAAAUUGUAGAAGUCUGGGCUUUCUGAACGUAACCUGACGCUUAAAAAUCAACUACCAGCAAGUUUAAAAAAAUGAGAACUUUAACAAAAAUCCUGUUAGCAAGUAUAUCUGUUGCUUUCUUAGCUGUCAAGUGGACUGCACCCAGUUUUGAUGCAGAAUCUCUCACAGGUGCCAGGGUAUUGGUGACUGGGGCCAGUACAGGCAUUGGUGAACAAAUGGCAUAUCAGUAUGCCCGCUUUGGAGCCCAAAUAGUUAUUACAGCAAGGAGGGAAAAUGUGUUACAGCAGGUGGCAGAGAAGUGCUUGAGUUUGGGAGCCCAGAAAGCACUUUACAUAGCAGCAGACAUGGGCAGCAAGUCAGACCCUGAAAAAGUGAUAAAUUUUGCUCUGGAAAAGCUCGGAGGGUUGGAUUACCUGGUUCUCAACCACAUUGGCCCGAGCCCUUUCAGCAUGUGGGAGGGAGAUGUAGAACACAUCAGGUGGCUGAUGAAGGUUAAUUUCUUCAGCUAUGUUCAGAUGGCUUGGAAAGCUUUGGACUCCCUUGAACAAAGUAAAGGAUCACUGGUGAUUGUUUCAUCACUUUUAGGUAAAAUGCCCAGUCCCUUUGUGGCGCCGUAUACCUCGACAAAAUUUGCCUUGAAUGGUUUCUUCGGGGCCCUUCGACAUGAGCUAUCUAUGAAGAAGAGUAAUGUCUCCAUCUCUGUAUGUACACUGGGGCUCAUUGAUACUGACUCCGCUAUGGACAAAGUCAGGGGAGUCACUAAUGUACCAGCAUACCCUGCUGCAGAUGCAGCCUUGAACAUCAUCAUUACAGGAGCUACGAGACAGCCAGAGCUCUUCUACCCUUGGUUCACCCACAUUGUGAAUCUAAGCAAAGACUGGUUCCCUUCUAUCACAAGCCAUAUCAUCCAGAACUCCUACAAGUACAGUCCAUGAAAAGUAUUUAUAUGUAGUAUUGUUACACCUGUUCUCGAUUCAAUACCUGGACAUACACUGAUGAGCUGCAACGCUAAGACCAGUUACCGACUUUAAUGUUGUGGCUGAAUGGUGUAUUUAUACAGUA